AUGGGUGUGCCGAGGUUUGAGCUGCUCUGUGCUGGGAUGUUAGGAUUUGGUCAGCUAUUCAUGAAUACCGCGUUCGAUGCAGAAGCUUUUAUUCUGGAGUCGGUGAUUCAUUCGGUGCAUGAGAGGGAGCCGGAGAGAAUCGACGAGUAUGCGGGGUAUUAUGGCCAAGCUGUGAUCUAUGCUUCCUUCAUGCUCACAUGCUUGUUUACGCCGUCACUUCUGAACAUUUGGAGGCCAAAACUUCUCUUGGUCGUUUCAUCACUCUGUUUCGCGGCUUUCCCAUUCGGAUUUCUUUUCAUCAAUUCCUACUACCACUAUUUUUCCACAGUAGUACUGGGUAUUGGCAAAGCAUUUUUCAAUCUGGGAUGUACCACUUACCUGACUUCCCACUCAACAAGAAAAUCCAUCGAAUCGAAUGUCUCUCUACAAUGGGCAAUCGGUUGUGGAAGCCUGAUAGUUGGAUCCAUGAUACUUGCAACAAUGACCUGGUUCAGUGGAAAUGUAUCAACUUCGAUGACUCUGAAUGUUACUGAAAUUGCAGUGAAAUCAGAUAUCAGAACAUUUGAUGAUUUUGAAAUUCGCCUUCUAGCACUGGUCCUUAUUGUGGUCUCUAUUCUUGCAGUCAUUACUGUUUGUUUAUUACCAUCUGCAGAUGUGGAGAACUGUAUAGAAGCAUCAAUUCGAAAUGGGAGUUUCAAAAAUGAUUUGAAACUAACUCUCAUCACAUCAAUCUCACCCAAAAUGCUCCAAAUCGUGCCACUGUGCAUGCUCUGCGGAUUCAAUGCUUCCUUUCUCAUGUCCAUUAUUCCAACCUCCAUGCAUUUUAACGAAAAUAAUGCAAACAUGUUGUAUAUUCCAGCGAUUUAUGGUCUAGGAGCAGGAACGGGCGAAGUGUUGAUGGGAUUUUUCAUUUCGGAAUCGAGUAAACGGAUUCAAGGUUUUGGAUUAAAGCCGACUAUGGCGAUUGGGACAGCUGCUCUGAUGGUUUAUUGUACAUUGAUACACGCUUCAACACCGGCUGAAGCGCCAAUGAAGCCGACAUCCGAGGAGCCAUUGUUGUUUUAUCAAUCAUAUUUAUUGAUAUUUGUCAUUGCUCUCAUCUGCGGUAUCUCCGAUUGCUGCUUCAAUGGAGUUCGUUCUGUGAUUUGUGCCCUUGUCAUGCCAUCCAGAAGAGCUCAAUCUUUUUCUGUCUCCAGAAUGUAUCAAGCAGCUGCCUGUGUCAUCAUUUUCUUCUUUAGUCCGAUGUUACCACUUCACGUUUAUACAGUUGGCCUACCGCUUCUAGCCAUUUUAUCUACUUUUGUAUUUUUCAAAGUGGUUAAUAGUACGGAACGAAUGGAAAGGAAACUGACAAGCGAUACAAAUUUGGAGCAAGAGAAGAUUUGA